AUGCCACCGCCCGCUGAAUGGCCUUUGCACCUGAAGCGCACGACGCUGGUGGAUUUUGAGGCCGUGCGCAGGUUGAACGUGGUACACGAUUCCACGCGCGAGCUGUUUGAAGCGGCGAUGAAAUUCCUCUAUGCUUCGCGUUUCGACUUUCUCCGGACGUCGCGGACCAUCAAGGCUACGAAGAUGAGCACUGAGGAUGAGGAAAGAGCUGUCCGAAUGGGCAAAUUUGAACGCUGCCCAACACACUACGGACGACGCCUCCACGACGGCGUACACGGGGUGAAUGUCUUCACUGUUCCGGAGAUGAAAGGCCGAAGACGUUUGAUCACCGAACCUCACCUUAGCUCCGUCAUUCGGAAGGAGGAACUCCCGCAGCUACGAAGUCCGGGACGCCUCGAGCGGCGACAAGGCCUGCGUUACGCGAAGUAUAUGCUUCAAAUCGAUUUCGAGGCGUUCUACGACGCAAUCCCCCUUCCCGAGGAGACGAGGGAUAAAUUCGUGUUCCACACAUCGCCAGAGUAUUAUUUGCGCCUCAAAACUUUACCGACCGGUGCUCGCUGGAGCGUCGCGGUCGGGCAGUCCAUCACAAACAUGAUCGUUGAUGUAGCCACGGAAGCCACCAUCUACACGUGCAUCGACAACAUCAUGAUAGCGGCAAAAGCGGGUGAAGAGUACGUUUUUGCUGCGGCGGUGCGUGCUAUUCUGCGAAGGAUUCGACAGGCGAACCUGCUGACGUCACCCGACAGAGAGAGUUUGUUGCACAAGUCAGACGACGAACUUCUCAGGCUGGCUCAAGAGGAGCAGACCUUUCUUGGCGAACGGUUUAUGUGGAACGGCAGGGAACGAUUGGUGUCGAACUCGAUCAAGACAGUCUCCAAGCUGACACUAGCACUGCAGGCGCAACGCUUCACCUGCCGCAGUUUUGCUUCGUUGUUGUCGCUCGAGAUGUAUGCCCUCCACACGACCCGCAUGAACCCCGCCAUGUUUUUUCACCUCCUCCGCGCAUAUAGAGGGGUUUAUCGUCUGGUCGACCAAGGCCGCCCGUGGGACUCGGAGCUCUCAUACCUGGAUCCGCGUGUUAAUAGGACGAUGAGAGACCUCGGCGCGAAGCUGACCGAAAACCCAUGGUGGGAGAUCGCGCCGGCGGUGCACGUUGGCUACGAAGAUGAGCGGUACGAUUGUAUCAGUUUCACCGAUGCCUCUGCAGAGGGCUGGGGUGCAAUCUCUCGUUGGAAAGAUGGCACCGCGUUCAAGUACCAGCAGCGGUGGAUGAGUGAGCUCGGUGCGCCGGAGGCGGAGGACGAGGAUGAACUUUUGGCACGCAUCGACCCCUUUUUCUUCACUUCCAAACAUUCAGCGCACGCCGAACCGGCAGCGAUUCUCCGUCUGCUAAAGCUUAUGUACCGACGAAACCCGCGCCCGGGUCAAAUGUGGGCGGUGGUGACAGACCACAUUGCGAUCGUGAGAGCCCAGCGGAGACAAAACGGGUACGGUGGAAUGGGUCGGGGAUACGCUUUGAACACCCUGUUCCAGUACACCAAUGCUCUGUUCCAUGAGAAGGAAAUCGUAGUGGUUUUCUUUUACAUGGCAGGCGAGACCAACCCGGCUGACGACUUGUCUCGCCACUUUGGGGAAACUUACUCGGCGCAGACGAUCGAGUCUCCCGCAGACGACUUCGGAGUACCUAAGCUGCAGAAUGGCUACUCCCCACUCUGUGAAUAG